UUUAGAAAUGACUGAGAUCUUCAAAUGAAAGUCUGGGUUUUAGACACAUCGAUUGCACCUUCUCCUCUCAAUCGCAUUCCCAAUCACGAUUUGCCCUCGCACUACGUCCAGAUCUUAAAAUCGUGCCGUGAUCUUCACCAAGGCCGGAAACUCCACGCGGAAAUUCGCAAUGCCAUCGACCUCACCAACGAUCGCUUCGUGGCCAACUUUCUCAUGGACAUGUACGGCAAAUGCGGGAGCCUCGUCGACGCACAGCGCGUGUUUGACGAGAUCACAUAUCCAAAUGCCUACUCCUGGAAUAUCUUGAUCACCGCAUAUGCCCGAAACGGGCAUCUUGAAAAAGCAACGGACAUGCUCCAUACGUCGCCAUGCAACAUUGCAUCGUGGACGUUCAUGAUCGCUGCGUUCGGUGAAAAAGGUGAUAUACAGAAAGCGCUAGAUAUUUUCGAGAGCAUCCCUGAAAAGAAUGUCGUAGCAUGGAACGCGAUGAUCAAUGCAUAUGCCCAAACCGGGCAUAUGGACAAAGCAAGAGCGCUGUUUGAAAAGAUGGAAAGCCCCAAUGACCGGACAUGGACGACAAUGGCAUCAGCAUACGCAAAAGCUGGAAAUCUCCUCCAGGCAAGAAAAUUCUUCGAAAAUAUCAAGCAGAAGACCGUCGUCUCGUGGACGGCGAUGGUUCGAGCAUUUGCCACAAACGGGCAUCUUGACGAGGCUUUGAAAAUCUUUGAGGAGAUGCCGCAAAAGAACGAGGUCUCCUGGACGACGAUCAUCCAGGCGCUCGCCGAGUCCGGAAGGAUCCAAGACGCUCGAAGGAUCUUCGACGACAUGCCCGUCAAGGACGAGAUCGCCUGGAACACGAUCCUGCAAGCAUAUUCCCGCCUCGGGAAUCUCCUCGAAGCACGCAAGAUCUUCGACCGAAUCCCUCACAAGUCGAUCGUUUCAUGGACGACGAUGUGUUUCGCAUACGUCGAGUGCGGCAACUAUCUCGAGCAAGCCCGCGAGUUCUUCGACAGAAUGCCGCACAGGGACCGCGUCGUGUGGACCGCCAUGGUCGAGGCAUAUUCCCGGGAAGGGUAUCUCCACGAGGCCAAGAGCAUCUUCGACCAAAUGCCGCAGCGCGACGUCGUCUCCUGGACCGUGAUGCUCUCGGCAUAUGCCCAAAACGGGAAUCUGGCCGUGGCAACACAGAUGCUCGACACCAUGCCAGAGCAAAACGUGGUAUCUUGGACGAAUCUCCUGCAGGCCUACGGCAUCCACGGCCACACGCAGCAGGCCCGCGCUCUCUUCGAAUCCCUGCCGUUCAAAAACGUGGUGGCAUGGACGACCCUGAUGUCGAGCUACACUCUCAAUGGCGGCCUUGGAAUCGCGAGACUCUUGUUCGAUAGAAUGCCCGAGUUGGAUGUAGUGACUUGGAACACCAUGAUCCAAGCAUAUGCCCAAAACGGGCAUGCCCCCUUGGCGCUGGAGCUCUUCCACGACAUGGAAAUGGACGGCCUGGUUGCAAACUCCGUCACCUUUGUCAGCGUUUUGAGCGCUUGCCGGCACUUGGGCCUCGUCCGAGAGGCUCGAAACUACUUCCACUGCAUGAGGCUUGGAGGGAUCUUGCCAAACGUGGAGCACUACCACUGCAUGGUGGACGCGCUGGGGCGGGCCGGAAAGACGCGAGAGGCCGAGGAUCUGAUUGCGAGCAUGCCGUUUACCACCGAUGAGAUCGCGUGGACGAGCCUGCUCAGCGCUUGCAAGCUCGACGUCGAUCCGGCAGCCUUGGGAGCCCAGCUUGCGAAGAAGGUGGUCGAGAAAGAGCCCGGUCUCGGGGAUUCGUACUUUGUGACCUUCUCGAGCAUCCUCAAGCUCGCAAAGGAUGAAGGAGCUCUUGCAAAAUAGCGGAGAUCAGCAAAAAUGUUCUUUCAUUAAAAUGCAGUGAACGUUACUGACUGGUGAGUUUCUUUCAUUGCUAUCGAUUUGCUCGGUAUAUCCUGCUUCACAAACAUUAAGAACGUCAUUCGCAAAUGAGCUGACAAGAGUGACUUUCUCAUUA